GGUGUGAAAGACGAUACUACCAGCCGGAAGUCGGUCAUGCAGGCGACGGCGCCGUUCGACUCCAUAUAUUCUGCUGUUGCUUCUGAAAUGUGUGGGCAUGAAAGAUAUUGAUCGUCCUCUAAAGGCAAAGUCGUCCUGCGCCGAUGGCUCUGACGUACUCUAAGACAAGUCCUCGCUCAUUGGUCAACUAGAAGAAGGGAGUUGGAGGAUUAUAACGGGAAAUCUCCGGCAUUGUGUGUGGAGAGUCAGUCAUCAUGGAGAGAUACGCCAAUGUAGUCGUCGCUGUGAUCGCUUUGUUGUGUUGUCUCCAACCAUUUUCCCAAGCCAAAAGCUUGAAAACUCAACUGGAAAUUGACGAACGACAAUUGUUGAACGUAUUGCCGUCCUGGCUGGAACGACUUCGAAAUAAUUUGCCAUCCAGCCUGACCGGAAGGAGUGUGUCACCGGAUGUGUCAAUCCGGAAACCGGCCGAGGUUUUGAACUGGCCCUCGAUUGAGUUGGACGUUGGCCAAAUCACCGGCGUGGCUGUUGACGAAAAAUCAAACCCCGUUAUUCUACACCGCGGAAAUGUCAAAUGGGAUGGCGGUUCUUUCAACAGCGCCGGACAUUACGCCAAGGUUGAAGACGGGCCGAUCAAAAACGACACGAUCGUUACUUUGGAUGCUGCCACUGGCUCGCUGGUCGACCAUUGGGGUUCAAACUUGUUUUACAUGCCCCACGGACUAGAAGUGGAUGCUGAGGGCAAUACAUGGGUCACCGACGUGGCAUUACACCAAGUUUUCAAAUUCCCCAAAGGAAGUCGGGUGCCAAGUCUGACGCUGGGCGAAGCUUUCGUGCCCGGAUCGGACGAGAAACACUUUUGCAAGCCGACAGACGUGGCCGUCUCGUCGUCGGGCAUCUUCUUCGUGUCCGACGGUUAUUGCAACAAGAGGAUCAUGAAGUUCGACCCGACUGGCCGCCUGUUGGACGUCUACACGGGCGCGUUCAACAUCGUGCACAGCGUGACGCUGAUGGAGGAAAAAGACGCUCUCUGCGUGGCCGAUCGUGAACAUUCCCGCAUCGUCUGCAUCCACGCCGGCCUCAAACAAGGACCUGGCCAGCCCACAUUCGGAUCUCCUUACGGCUCGGCUGGUCACAAAGGCAAAAAUGUUGGCCGAGUCUUCGCCGUCGCUGCCAAAGGCCAGCAGCUCUACGCCGUUUUCGGAUCCAUUUUCCUGGGCAUGUCUGACGGCAAGACAUUCGACUUGGAUAGUCUGAACACCUUGUCUCGCUGGACUCCUUCCAAUGGAUUUGGCAGUCCUCACGAUGUCGCCGUGUCUCGGGACGGUGAGGCUCUCUACGUCGUUCAAAUCGGUCCCAACAGCAUCCACAAAUUCGCCCUCGAAUGAAGCACAAAUUUUUAAUUAUACAUUCCUCGAUUAAAAAAGAGACACGAACCUUCUCUGAUGUAUCCAAUCAGAGUUUCAAAUUAUAUUGCACGGUAAACAAAAAGGUAUACAAACUACUAUAUAAAACAAUAUGAUGUUGACGUUGAAAGAUUAACAAUUCCCCGCCGUUUGAUGUUGUCGACAACACGAUAUCGUGAAUUUUUUAUUCUUUUAAUUUGUGAUUCUCAAUUAAACGUUACACCGUC